AUCGCGUCGACCUGUUGCUUCACAACCGCUGUCUGCAUUAACUGCAAACACGGUUCUGUUCCGAAAUUUUCAUAGACUAUAUAGUGUAUAUUAACUAUCGCCUUGCAGGAUGGGUUGUGGAUUCAAGGGGGUUUCUCCCAAUCAAAUAAUGGUGGUGUCUGGGGCCUGCCAUUCUGAACCGAAGUACAUCACCGGAGGGCGUACCUGGGUAUGGCCAUGGUGCCAGAAGGUUCAAAAGUUGCCUCUGAAUAUCAUGACAGCCAUCAUCGAGUCUCGUGAAGUCUUAUCUCAGGAGGGUGUGAAGAUAUCUGUGUCGGGUGUUGCACAGGUUAAAGUGGAGGCCAAAUUCGCCGAAAUGAGGGCCGCUGCGUGUCAGCACUUCAUGGGCAAGAACCCGAGUGAGAUCGAAAGCAUAGUAAUGCAAACGCUAGAGGGGCAUCAACGUGCUAUCAUGGGUACCAUGACAGUUGAGGAGAUCUACAUGGAUAGAAAAAAGUUUGCAGAGGCUGUCUACAGAGUUGCAUCGCCAGACUUGCAAGCGAUGGGUAUCACAAUUGUAUCGUACACGCUAAAAGAUGUUAGAGAUGCAAAUGGCUAUCUUGAGUCACUCGGGCAAAAACGAACUGCCGAAGUCCGAACCGACGCACGUAUUGGAACUGCAGAAGCUGAACGGGAUGCAUCAAUCAGACAAGCAAAAGCAGAAGAAGAAAGAUUGGCUGCUAAAUAUCAAUGCGACACUGCUAUCGCGUCAGCAGAACGUGACUACAAUGUUGCCCAAGAGGAAUAUAACAGCAGAGUGAAUACCGUAGAGGCUGAUGCGACACUUGCGUACAAUCUGGAGAACGCAAAAACGCAACAAAGAAUCAAAGAAGAAGAAAUGAAUGUAAUGGUUGUCGAGAAGCAAAUGCAAAUCGAAUUGGCCAAGCAAGAGUCUCUGAGAAAAGAGAUGGCUUUGCAGAGUGAGAUUUAUCUUCCCAGUGCCGCCGAGUGCGAGAAGAAAACAAUUCUUGGAGAAGCGAUGAAGGCAAAGCUCCAAUCAGGAUGUGAUGCUCAAGCACAUGCGAUCAAGCUCAAAGGGGACGCCGAGGCACAGGCUAUACAAGCAGAGGGAGAGGCUAUGGCACAAGCUAUGGAAGCGCGCGCGAAGGCUUGGGAUCGCUAUGGCAACGCAGCUGUAGCUGACAUGACCUUCUCUGUACUACCAAAGGUCACAGCAGAAGUCGCGGCACCUAUUGCACAAAUGAAUAAGUUGACAAUGAUAAGUGCGGAUGAUGAUGACAUUGGUGCGGCUCGGUUGACUUCUGAGAUCGUCGAGAUCAUCACCCAACUGCCUGCUGUUGUGAAUAAGGUGACUGGAUUGGACAUCACAAAGCUGAUUCACGAUGGUAUGAAUAACACGUCCACCCGCAAUGUUGCUACAAGAUAGCGACAUCUCGCGACAUUCACGGUCCAUGUGCAGCGCAAAAAUAUCAAACGAUUUAAAGCACCUCCAACCUGUGAGCUCUGGCUUGGCUCCAGUAGAAACAUGCGGCGACCUUCACAGCGCUGGGCUAUUACGGUUAUGAACCACUGUUGCGACGAACAUAAAUGUAAAGGAUAGAAUAUCUCUACCGACGGGAUAUCUGUUCGUACCGGACAAAAAGUACCAUCACGGGACGGGGUAUCGAUUACAGACUGACAUAUUAAAGUAUAUACCCUUCAUCAAUCAAAUAUAAAAUACACAACCCUGGUCUCAUACUUCUUUGAAAAGG